AUGGGAUAUCGGGGUUCACAUGCACUUUCAAUUGGUAAGCCAUAUCGUUUUAAAGUGGUCCACAUGCCAGGGAAGACAAACCCUGCAGAUGUUCUGUCCCGAUUGCCAAUUAGUGCCCAGCCUACCCGUGAACGGAGUGUAGCUGAAGAAUACAUCAAUUUUAUUACAGAGAAAGCAGUUCCUAAAGCCAUGACACUGGAACAAAUAUCCAAAGCGACUCAAGAUGAUGUUAUCUUGCAACGAGUUCAGCAAUGUUUAUUGCACAACCAUUGGCCAGACAACCCUGACCUUCAGCGAUUUGCCAAAGUGCGAGAUGAGCUGUCAGCAAACCAAGGCUUGCUGCUUCGAGGAACUCGUAUUGUCAUGCCUAAAUGCCUGGCGCCAUCAAACCCUUUCCUUGGCUCACGAAGGCCACCAAGGCAUUGUGCGCACUAA